AAGCAAGCAUUCACAAUUACACAGCAUGGCAAUGGCAAAGCAGCUGACACAUGCUCACUGAGUGACCAAAACACACUUCCAAAUUUCCAAUCCAAGCAAACAGACCAAGACUCACAUUCACAUACUCUUGUCUUCUCUUCUUUCUAUGUUGAUACUCCACCACCUUCAUAGGUCUCUUGGUCGCAUUUUCCACUAUCACCACCACCACCUCCUACCCUCCUCAAAUUCCCCUUUCUCAUUCUCACUCCCUCUCAAUCUCAAACUGAAGAAGAAACCUCUCUCUCUCUCACUCUCAAAUUCAAUGGCAACUUCCCACUCCAACCCCCACCACAAACACGCCAAUCGCCUCGCCGCAGAACAAAGCCCUUAUCUUCUCCAACACGCUCACAACCCCGUUGAUUGGUAUCCCUGGGGUGAAGAAGCUUUCGCCGAAGCUCGCCGCCGAGAUGCCCCAAUCUUCUUAUCAAUUGGGUACAGCACUUGUCACUGGUGUCAUGUUAUGGAGGUUGAGUCUUUUGAGAAUGAGGAGAUUGCCAAGUUGUUGAACGACUGGUUUGUUAGUAUUAAGGUGGAUCGAGAGGAGCGACCGGAUGUUGAUAAGGUAUACAUGACGUAUGUGCAGGCUUUGUAUGGUGGAGGAGGUUGGCCCCUGAAUGUGUUUCUUUCACCUGACUUGAAACCUUUAAUGGGUGGGACUUACUUUCCCCCUGAUGAUAAGUAUGGACGACCUGGAUUUAAGACUUUACUUAGAAAAGUAAAAGAGGCUUGGGAAGAUAAGAGGGAUAUGCUGGUUAAGAGUGGAGCUUUUGCAAUUGAACAGCUUUCUGAGGCAUUGUCUGGUCGUUCAGAUUCUGAUAAAUUGGCCGAUGGUGUUCCAGAUGAUGCGAUACGUCUAUGCUCAGAGCAGCUCUCUGAUAGCUACGAUUCAAAGUUUGGUGGGUUUGGAUCUGCACCAAAGUUUCCCAGACCAGUUGAGAUAAACUUGAUGCUUUACCACUCCAAGAAGUUGGUGGAGGCCGGGAAGUUGGCUAGAGCUCAUGAAAGUCAGAAAAAGGUUUUCUUUAGCUUACAAUGCAUGGCAAAAGGGGGCAUUCAUGACCAUAUUGGAGGAGGUUUUCACAGAUAUAGCGUGGAUAAGUGCUGGCAUGUUCCACAUUUUGAGAAGAUGCUAUAUGAUCAAGGGCAGCUGGCUAAUGUUUUUUUAGAUGCUUUUUCUAUCACAAAAGAUAACUUCUUUUCAUGUGUAUCAAGGGAUAUCCUUGAUUAUUUAAGGCGAGACAUGAUUGGUCCAGAAGGUGAAAUCUUUUCAGCAGAGGACGCUGACAGUGCAGAGACUGACGGAGCUACAACAAAAAAGGAAGGAGCCUUUUACGUAUGGACCAGUAAAGAGGUUGAAGACAUACUUGGAGAGCAUGCAGCUCUUUUUGAGGAGCAUUAUUACAUAAAGGAGUCGGGAAACUGUGACCUGUCUAGAAUGAGUGAUCCUCACGAUGAAUUCAAGGGAAAGAAUGUCCUGAUUGAGAGAAAGGAUCCUUCAGAAAUGGCAUCAAAAUAUGGCAUGUCAGUUGAGACAUAUCAAGAAGUUCUAGGCGAAUGUAGGCGUAAAUUGUUUGAAGUGAGGUCAAGGCGGUCAAGGCCACAUUUGGAUGAUAAAGUUAUUGUAUCUUGGAAUGGACUGGCAAUCUCAUCUUUUGCUAGGGCCUCCAAGAUUCUCAAGGUUGAACCUGAAGGGACCAGAUUCAACUUUCCUGUAGUCAGCACUGAACCAAGGGAAUACAUGAGAGUUGCAGAAAAAGCAGCAUUCUUUAUCAGGAAGCAACUUUAUGAUGCGGAGACUCACAGGCUACAUCAUAGUUUCAGAAAUUCUCCAUCUAAAGCUCCUGGUUUCUUGGAUGAUUAUGCAUUUCUGAUUUGUGGAUUACUAGAUCUCUAUGAGUUUGGUGGUGGAAUCAACUGGCUUCAAUGGGCCGUUGAAUUGCAGGAAACCCAGGUAAAGAUUGAUGUCUGGUCUCAAAUAGAAUUUUCAUUUGCUUGUUUUACCAGGCCUUCAGUUGUUAAUGAGAUAAGCUGCAUGCAGGAUGCUCUGUUUCUUGAUAAAGAUGGAGGUGGUUAUUUCAAUAAUACUGGAGAAGAUGCUUCAGUUCUUCUCCGUGUGAAGGAAGACCAUGAUGGGGCAGAACCUUCUGGGAACUCAGUUUCUGUGAUAAAUCUUACAAGAUUGGCUUCCAUGGUUUCUGGAAGUAAGGCAGAGCAAUAUAAACGAAAUGCAGAACAUUUAUUGGCUGUUUUUGAGAAAAGAUUGAAAGAUACGGCUAUGGCAGUGCCUCUGAUGUGUUGUGCAGCUGACAUGCUGCGUGUACCUUCCCCCAAGCAAGUGGUGGUGGUUGGUGAAAGGACUUGUGAGGAAUUUGAAAGCAUGCUUGCUACAGCUCAUGCAUUAUAUGAUCCCAACAGAACAGUUAUUCAUAUAGAUCCCAACAACAAAGAAGAGAUGGAGUUUUGGGAAGUAAAUAACAGCAACAUUGCUCUCAUGGCAAAGAAUAACUAUUCAAUCAACAAGGUUGUAGCUCUUGUAUGCCAACACUUCACUUGUAGCCCCCCUGUGACUAAUCAUUCUGCACUUCAAGCUCUGCUUUCUAAAACAUCCUCGUCUUCGUCGACAUAAGUCAUUGGUUGGAUGCUACUGAAAUCCCCCUCGUCAUCUACACAGCUUGUUUAUUAGUUCGGAUGUCUGUACUCUGUAUCAAAUAAAAUAGGGAUUGGUAGAUAGGCUUCUCAUGGCACAGGUUUAAAUAAUUUAUUAAAUAUAAGAUUAAUUUAAAUAGUUUCACAUCUUUGUAA